AUGUCGAACUCGGGCAGGAAGGACUUUGACGUGAAGCACAUUCUGCGCCUUCGCUGGAAACUGUUCAGCCACCCGGGGGCCUCGGCGGGCGGUUGUCUGCAGCAGGACAGCAGCUUCGAGCACUGGGGGCCGAGCCAGAGCCGCUUGCUGAAGAGCCAGGAGAGGGGCAGCGGCGCCUUCUGGAAGAAAGCCGCCUCGUCCUCGUCGUCGUCGUCGUCCUCUUCUUCUUCUUCUUCCUCGCCGUCGCCUUGCGCUGCCUCCUCGUCGCCUUUCCAUGGGACUUUGCUGCCGGCGACCAGGCUCCAUGGGCUGGCCGAGCAGCAGCAGCAGCGCCCGCCGCCGCCGCCGCCGGCCCCUCGCACCGUCUUCUACGUGGAGUCCCUGGAGGAGGUGCCCGGCGGGGGCGGGCUGGGGGAGUUCACCCGCGAGCAGGGGAAGACGCUGGUGCUCCGCGAGGUCAAGGAGGAGCCCGUGCCCUUCUUGGAUGGCGGCGGUCAAGCAACAGGUGACGGAGCCGUGCACAGGUUAGCAGCAGCUGGCCAUCCCCUCACCCCUCAAUGUGAUAUGGAUUCCAGUUGUUCUGAGGAAUUCUAUCAGGCUGUACACCAUGCUGAACAAACCUUCAGGAAGAUGGAAAGCUACCUGAAGCAACAGCAACUCUGUGAUGUUAUCCUGAUUGCUGGCAAUCGUAAGAUACCUGCACAUAGACUUGUUCUCAGUUCCGUUUCUGAUUACUUUGCUGCCAUGUUUACAAGUGAUGUUUGUGAAGCCAAGCAAGAGGAAAUCAAAAUGGAAGGCAUUGACCCAAGUGCACUCUGGGAUCUUGUUCAGUUUGCCUAUACAGGUUGCUUGGAAUUGAAGGAAGAUACCAUUGAAAACCUUCUGGCAGCUGCAUGUCUUCUUCAGCUCCCUCAAGUAGUUGAAGUCUGUUGCCAUUUCCUCGUUAAGCUUUUGCAUCCGUCUAAUUGUUUGGGAAUCCGAGCGUUUGCAGAUGCUCAAGGAUGCACAGAGCUUAUGAAGGUUGCUCACAACUAUACUAUGGAGAAUAUAAUGGAGGUUAUUCAAAAUCAAGAAUUUUUAUUGUUGCCAGCAGAGGAACUCCAUAAGCUUCUUGCCAGUGAUGAUGUGAAUGUUCCAGAUGAAGAAACUAUUUUCCAUGCCUUAAUGAAAUGGGUCAAGUAUGACAUGCAAAGGAGAUGCAAUGACUUGAGUAUGUUACUUGCCUACAUCCGAUUGCCACUUCUUCCUCCACAGAUUUUAGCUGACCUAGAAAACCAUGCACUUUUUAAAGAUGACUUGGAGUGUCAGAAGCUGAUUCUGGAAGCCAUGAAAUAUCACCUUUUGCCAGAAAGACGAACUCUUAUGCAAAGCCCAAGAACGAAGCCUAGAAAAUCCACAGUUGGGAUCCUAUAUGCUGUUGGAGGAAUGGACAAUAACAAAGGUGCUACGACUAUAGAGAAGUAUGAUCUCAGGACGAAUAUAUGGAUCCAAGCUGGAGUGAUGAAUGGUAGAAGGCUGCAAUUUGGCGUAGCUGUCAUUGAUGACAAACUCUUUGUUAUUGGAGGUCGGGAUGGCUUAAAGACUUUAAACACUGUUGAAUGUUACAAUCCAAAGACCAAGGCAUGGACUGUCCUGCCUCCAAUGUCAACCCAUAGGCAUGGCUUAGGAGUUACCGUUCUUGAAGGGCCAAUUUACGCAGUGGGAGGCCAUGAUGGCUGGAGCUAUUUGAAUACAGUCGAGAGGUGGGACCCCCAAAGUCAACAGUGGACAUUUGUCGCCAGUAUGUCUAUUGCCAGGAGCACAGUUGGUGUGGCGGCUUUAAAUGACAAGUUGUACUCAGUUGGAGGUCGAGAUGGCAGUUCUUGUUUGAGCUCUAUGGAAUAUUAUGAUCCGCACACAAACAAAUGGAGCAUGUGUGCUCCAAUGUGUAAGAGAAGAGGGGGUGUCGGAGUGGCUACUUGUGAUGGUUUCCUCUAUGCAGUUGGAGGCCAUGAUGCCCCUGCUUCUAAUCAUUGCUCCAGACUCUUGGAUUAUGUUGAAAGAUAUGACCCAAAAACCGAUACAUGGACAAUGGUGGCUCCACUGAGCAUGCCUCGUGAUGCUGUUGGUGUUUGUAUCCUUGGAGAUAAAUUAUAUGCAGUGGGUGGAUAUGAUGGCCAGACGUACUUGAACACUAUGGAGUCAUAUGAUCCUCAAACAAAUGAAUGGACACAGAUGGCAUCUCUAAAUAUCGGAAGAGCUGGAGCCUGUGUUGUAGUCAUAAAGCAACCGUGACUCAGUCCACUGUGGAUUUUAUUUACUUCUGGCUGGAUUUUUUUUUAAAUGAAGAAGAAAGAAAACUGUCUUGAGCAUAAGGAUCAAUAGAGACACUGAGCACUCUGUUGAGAACAAGUAGUUUAAAAACUGGGACAAAAAUGAGGACGAAGACAUUUCCCAGUUAUUAGACACUGCUCAAUAGUUGAACAACAAAAAAUCAAUCAGCUGUAGGAGCCAAUGUAUGAACAUAGAAGGAGGAAGUUCACGUCUUGCUCUACAGGCUGUGUAAUGCAGACACAGUAACCUAUUGGUAUAUAAUACCGUCUCUUCAUUAGGAGUGGAGUGGCCUAACAAAUGGUUUUCAUAGCACUAGACAUUUUAACUUGGGAAUCAUCAUAGCACAUUACGUCACUUUUUAAAUCAAGGUUUUAUUGAAACAAAAUGUAGGUAGCCAAUUAAUUUUUUUCCUUGUUCUCUCUUGCUUGCUCUCUUUCAAAAGCCUUAUCUUCAAAUGGUUUACAUCCUUUGCCAUUUACACAGACAAUAAUAGCAGGAAAUCUCAGUUUCCUCCUAAAAUAGUGAACCCAUGAGAACAUUUUGCUCCCUUGUUCACCAGAAAUAACUCAAUAUCAAGAAGAUAUUCUCUGCAUCAUAGUAUUUCAGCCAUUAAUAUUAUGCAUCAUCUUUAAUGGCACUGAUGUUGUAUUCCAAGUUUUGGGGAGGUGUCUCAAUGCAGAAGGAAACGUCACCCUUCAGGACCAUUGCGGCUUCAUUAUAAGAGCCAAAGGAACUCUCUCUCACAAGUCUACCUUAACUUCUUACUCAAGCAUGUGAAUUCUUGUCUUUUCCAAUGCUUUUGUACUUCUCCUGCAUGUGGGAAGUUUAAGGAAGGCAGGGGAACUGCAGCUUCUACUGCAUUUACCAUGUUGAUAGACCAUGUUCAACAAUUCCAAGGCAAUAAUGCAGUACGAAAAACAAAAAUGUUAUAAUGCUUAUAUGCGUGUUUUCAGAUCUCCUCAUUCUUCUGAUCUUAUUCGUCUUAUUUUUAUUUCCCAGAAAGACCUUCCAUUUCAGCAAGUUAUUGAAAUCAAGAGCCCAAUUAGUCAUUACUCCAAGAGAAAUACGUAACAAUCUCUUAAGAUUUUGAAAAUAUGAAAAUCAGCCAUGGAGAGAAUCUGAUUUGAGCUGAAAGGGGGGAGGAAGGGAAAAGGGGCUAUUAGGCACUCUGUUUUUUAAUCAAGCUGUUUUCCUGUUCAAAUUUCUUGCCAUCAACUGCAAGAAUAAAUAGUAUUUUUCCUUCCAUGAACAGAAAAACAUCUGGGAAGAGAUUAUGAGUGGCAAAAUAGCCAGAGAAGAAAAUAUGAGUUGCCCCACUGUUCCUCAGGUCAAACUGGCAGGUUCCCACAGUUGCUUUUCAAUUUUAACCACUAGAAAAGUGUCACCUAAGUUUGCUGUGUAUAAGCUAAUUUGCUCCAAGGAAUGAUGCAUCAGUGUGUGCAACAAAAAACCAAAAAUCAGGCAGUUUUGGUGUAAUAUGUCUCAAUAGCAGAGCACCUGCUUUGCAUGUAUGAAAAGGAUGUCAAAAGGAAACGAAUCACUUUGUCUUCACAAGGCCUGCUUUGUAAAUGAAUGUGCUGUAGAAGUCAUCUUGUUGUGGUCCUUAAAUGCCCCCAGACCUUCCAUGGAUAUCACUGUUGCCUCUAUUAUGUCAUAAGCAUGGUUGAACAUUCAUGUCAAGACCCCAAAAAUGAGACUGGUUUCACUGGUCUAUGUGGGUCUGUCUAAUUUCAUUGCAGUGGGAAUAAAGCUUUCUGUGAAGCUUUCCAGGGUGCUGCUAGUAAGUUCUGUCACUCAGCAAAUUUGGCAAUGAGAAAAACCAAUGUAUGUGUUUUGUUUUUCCCCAUUCAGGUCCAGUUGUUAGCUUAAAUAAAGCACUUGU